ACGGGGGGGACGCCGUCUCACGUUUUACACAGCCGGUGCCAAUGUAACCGGAGACGACCCGAUGCCACCUAUCGCUGUGCGCGGGGGAAAGCUGAGCCCCGUCCGGCCCGGACCCCUCUGUCCUCAGCUACCUUAUCGGAAUAAUAGGCCAUUCUCCACAGCUGCGGGGGCGCCAUGGUAACGGCGAGAGAGAGGCACCGCCGCGCGCUUUCUAAAGCCACUACUGGCGGGUAUCAGUCUCACUCGGGCAGCUGCGCCCGCCCCGUAACGUCCACCAUGGGUUGUCACUAUCUGCACCUGCUGCUCAUCCUGCAGCUCACAGGCGCGACCGGUGAGGGACAGGACGGCAUCGCGCGAAUCAUUGGCGGUUACAUCGUCCCGCCGUACUCAGCGCGAUAUCUGGUGUCACUGAAGAGGAACACGGGAAUCCACUUCUGUGGGGGGUCCCUGGUCAGCCGCUUCUGGGUCCUCUCCGCCGCCCACUGCAAGACCGAGCAGAAGCAGAUGCUGGUCGUUGCCGGGGAAUAUUCGCUGUCCACCUUCGAAGGAACGGAACAGAUAUUUCGCCCCGUGCGGAUGAUCGCUCACCCCGAAUAUAGCUCCUCCUCCAAGAACGCGGACAUCAUGCUGAUAAAGCUGAACCGGCCGGCCAUCUACAAUUCCUUCGUAUCCAUCGUCCCUCUCCCGGCCCAGGGGGUGUCGCUGGGGGAGGGGCGCCUGUGCCAGGUCUCCGGAUGGGGGUACACCAGCGCCACCGGCGGCAAGGCCUCCGACGCCCUGCGCAGCGUCAAGCUUCCCAUCGUCUCCGCCCACCGCUGUAACAGCUCCGCCUCCUACUCCGGGCACAUCACCAACAACAUGAUCUGCGCCGGGUACAACAACGGGGGCAAGGACGCCUGCCAGGGGGACUCCGGGGGGCCCCUGGUGUGUGACGGCAGGGUGUUCGGCGUGGUGUCGUGGGGCCACAGCUGCGCCAACCCCAAAUACCCCGGGGUGUACACCGCCGUGGCCAACUUCCAGAAGUGGGUGUACAGGACGAUCUUCUCCGGGAACUUCCAGAAAUUCAGCCAAUGAGAGCGCCUGGGAGCGGAUUACAGGAAGGGGGAGGAGCCUGCGGAGGAAGACACGAGGGGGCCGGUCAAUGGCUUUGGCGGAUCCACCAAGAUUGCCCCCCCUUGUGGACGGGGGAAAUUGGGCGUGGGCUAAAAUUUAGAUUAGCGCUGGAUUCUCGGCUCACCCGGAUCUGUCUAUAAAGAUCGUCACUUACUGGUUUCCUUUUUUACCAGAAAUUGUCCCGGAUUUGCCGGGACAGACCCGUAUAUCAGACCUCUGUCCCGGAUUUGCUGGGAUAGACCCGUAUAUCAGACCUCUGUCCCGGAUUUGCUGGGACAGACCCGUAUAUCAGACCUCUGUCCCGGAUUUGCUGGGAUAGACCCGUAUAUCAGACCUCUGUCCCGGAUUUGCUGGGAUAGACCCGUAUAUCAGACCUCUG